AUGGGCAAAGGGAAGAAAAACAAAAACCAUCCCCGCCGGGACGCCAAUCUCGCAGCUAAGGCACCCAUCACGGAUACCACGGAUGCCAGUGGUGGCACUGCCGCGCCAGUCAGUGGUGAGAGCAGCACUAGUAGCACCCCCACCACCAAAGCCACCGGCAAACCGAAGAAUAAAACAGCAGCCUCAAAGGUCCCCAAUUGCCAUUUCGUGCCACGGUGGAUAUUAAAGAACUUUGCUUUGCAGGGGGGAUCUCGCCGUUCUAACGACCCAGAAAUUCACUGCUUCGAUUUGGAUAAAAAAAACCUUACCCGUCCUUUCGUCAGCCAUGAAGCCUACGCGAAAGAAGGUUUGUUUAAGGACCCCGAUAGCGCACCGGGUAGUGCCACCUACAAGCUCGAGACGGAACUCAGUCAACUCGAGGGCAAGGCGAGCAGAUCCUUCCAGGAAAUAAGGGAUGCACUCAACAAUCGCGGUAAAAACUCGAGCGCAGGCGCGAUCCCGCCACCACUGUGCAUAAAGCAGAAGAGAAAGUAUUUGCAGAACUUACGCAAGUUCAUGUUUGUCAUGUACUAUCACCAGCUCUCUGUAGGGGAAACGUACUACAAUGAAACGCAUCCCGACAACGCCAACUUGCAGGAAUGGAUUAAAGAUUAUUGUGAAAAAUACGGGCUUUCGACCUCCCCCGAGGACAUGCACAUAUGGCUCCAUGUCCUCCAACACUACCUCCGGAAGGGGCAUGAUGACCUUAUGGAGGAAGGUAGAAAGGCUGAAGCCAAGACAAUGGAAACUAUAUUCGACAAACUUGGACCGGGCUCCUUUUCCAAGAACCUGAUUCGCGACUUCCAGGCUACGGCUAAAGCUACUAAAGUUGACCCAAAGCUCGAAGAGUGGAAGUCACUCCCGUACUAUAACAAUAUGCAGAUGUUCCUCGUGAUCUGGGAGGCCGCCCCCGGCGAGGAGUUUCUCAUGUCAGACAACUCAUUCGGCCUCUACGAAGGACGAACCGACGAAGCUGGACCACUCCACUGGAUCUAUGUCAUAUCUCCUAGGAUCGUUCUUGUUCUUUGUCAUCCAGGCCUCAGAGAUACCCGCCGUCUGCCUGGUUUUAUAGAUCUUUUGAACCCAUUCCAGUUGAGCGAGAAACACCGCAGCAUGUCCAUGCUGCUGAACGCUCCCCAUCCAGCGGCAAUCGUGAAGUACAAAAACAAACCACUCUCUUCAGAGAAUACUAUAUUUCUUUACGGAAAUGCUGGAGCCGCACCCGCCCAUCCCGACGAUGAAUUCGAAAUUCAGAUAUCUGUACUCUCACCAGAAGACACCCAUACCAUCAACGCAAUCAUUCUAGGCAACGUCAGGGAGAAGGGCCUAGUUACGUUUCACUCAAAAGAGGCCGCUCUCAGAACCUUGGACGAAUUUGCCAAAAACCGAGCGUUUGAUCAUAAACUAAAGCCCAAGUUCGCACCGCUCGCAGAAGGGUUGUCGGAGGACCCCCAUGUCCGACCAAACGUCCACUUCAACCUACAGCCUUUCGAGCCAGAGACCACCAUCCCCCCCUUCCGACUUCCCCCCCUGUCUACCGAGCCUGGUACCUUCUGGGAAACAUCUCUUAUGGUUUAUCAUACCUUGCACAGGGGGCAUAAUCCCCAAUGUAUAUCCUACCGGCUGUGGGAAAAGAUGCAUACUGAAAUGAUCAAAAAGACUGUGGACACUUAUUUAGAGCUCCGACCGGCAAGGCUGGUAUCCAAGCUAGACGACAAUGUGGCCUACAUUCUGUUCAAGUUCUGCACGAUACUUAUCCCAACUCUUUUUGACGGAUCUCUCACCUUGGAAGUAUACUUGGAACAGUUGAUAAUAGGCUUUCUGGACAAUCUCUUGAAAAACAACCGACCCUUCUUUGAUAUGAUUGAAGAGCGGGUCAUUAGAUGCCUCCGUGAGGGUCAUCACCAGCCAGAGCUCGCCAGGACGGCUAGAAUCAAGGAAUUCCUCAGUCCCGAGGAUGAUGAAGAUGUUCCAGUCCCUGUAGGCUUGUCAUUUCAUGAUUCCGAGGCCGCAGCGAAUCGGACAGACAUCCCUCCAAACCCAGACAUGGCCUAUAUGGAUUGGGCAUUUGCUCGAACGGACUACAUUCGAGGCACCAGGAUUCCGAGCGAGCUUGAUCUGCCUUCUUCGCCGAGCCCAACGAAGCCAGAGCAGGGAGAAGGGUCGUCGGAUCCAGACGAAAAGCAAUUUAUGGACUUUUUUGCAAAGAUGAAAAAAGCGGAUCUCGAACAAGAAAUUAGAGAUUUAGUCCCAUCCCACCCAUGCGUUACGGCUGACGACUCCUUGGGUAGAGAGGAAGUAACUCCAGAAGCGAGCCAGGAUCUACACGCGGAGGUCAGCCAGGGAAUUCAUCCCAAUGGUGGGCGGAGCCGGGGGGUGAGCCAUGAACUGAAUUCGAGCUUCAGCCCGGAUGUUAGUGUCAAAACCAAGGCGAAACAAACGCUAGAGCAUGAAACGCUCAUGAAAGGUGUUGAUCCGGUUAUUAGAGGUAAUACAGAGGUUAGCCAGGAGGUUGAGUGGGGUGCCAGCGGCAGAGCACGGAGAGAUCUAGGCGGUAUAGCCCUGAUGCUUGUGUUGUGGGCCGUGGUCAUCGCUCUUGCUCCAGUUGUUUAUUCUGCAUGUAUCUGCGGUGAAGUAGUGUCCCAGGUUUGGGAGAUUUUAUUUCUGCAUUACCAGCCAUUCAUCGUUCCCAAGAGAGCUCAGACCCCGGAAUUUGGGGGGUUUGUAAGGCAGGAGUACAUUCAUGGGCUGGGCUACGCUUUUACCGUAACCGUCGGCUGUAUUAGUAUCGUAUGCGAUGCCUUUUAUCGUUACAGCUCCCUGACCUUUGUGGAUUUUUGUACUUCACUAGCCUUGAAUACACUCAACAACGUCGAUGGGCAGUGCACACGUAUUUUGUGUUGGUGGGUGUCUCUUGCGAAUUAA